AUGGUUAACGAGGAACUGGUCUGUCUACCUGGCCUGGGCUUAGGAAAUCAUGAGGGGAAAAACUCGAGAUCUCCUGCUGUGGAUGACUGCAUACUCUGCGGACAGCACCAGCCAUUCCUCAACAACCCGUUCAGAAAAAAGCAAGACAAUAUAAAAGCACACCAGGCUCACCCCAGGCCUACCAUAGGUACUACACCAGGUCAAAAGAGAAGCUGUCCAUUUGCCGGCCUGAGAAAUCAGGUUCGGAAACGGGCCUUUAAUCUAGAGGAAGACCUCAUGCGGGGCAAGGCUCCUGACUGCCUCAAAGGUAUUAAUGGCACCCCAUUUAUACCUACCGGAAUCGUGGAAUGGCUAGAUGAAAGGACCGCGGCGAACCUCCGGGGAGGCGGGCCUGGUGUGCCGUACAGAGACACGGUGUUUGACCGGGUACCAGUCCGGAUAUUUACCGAUGAGCAAGCGGGAGGAGAGACCAGUAAACAGCCAGCUAUCGUUCUCUACCACGGCGGAGGGUUCAUAUGGGGCAGUCCUGAUUCACACCAUGCACUAGCGUCGCAGAUAGCAAGAGAGCUGAAGGCUGUGUUUAUAUCUGUGGAUUACAGAUUAGCGCCAAAACACCCCUUUCCCGCAGCAAUAGACGACUGCACGGCUGCUGCCGUUUGGUUCCUCGAACACCUCAGUGACUACAACGUCGACCCUGCAAGAGUUGCCAUCAUGGGUGACAGCGCUGGCGGAAACCUGGCUGCAGCAACAGCACAACGACUUACCUUUGAUCAGAGGUAUCGAGACCUGCCUAAGGUCAAGCUCCAAGUCUUGAUCUAUCCAGUUUUACAAGGCUUUGACUUUCAGACACCAUCCUACCAAUGGAAUGGUCACUACCCAACAUUGCUCAAUAAAGUCUUGAUGACAUGGAUGAUUGACCUCUACAUAAACGGUAGAAAGGGUGGGCCACGUGUUCAAGAUGCAAUGCAGAUCAACAGCCACACCUCAGCUGCCGCCAAGAGAACCCCACUAGUCCAAAGGUGUCUCUCUCACGACCUGGUCCCAGAUGAGUUCAAGCAAUCUGGGUACGAAGCGCCUUCAACUAACUUCGGGGACGAAGACGUCUACGACGAGAUCAAAGGUGCUCUUUGGAAUCCAGACUUCGCUCCUCUUAUGCAAGAAGACCUGAGAGGACUCCCAGAGGCGUACAUCCUGACUGCCGAGUAUGACGUCUUGAGGGAUGACGGCAUCAUGUACGCCAAGCGACUGGAGAAGGCAGGAGUGCCUGUGACCUUGAAGGAUUAUCUUCGAGGUUUUCACGGCAUGUUUGGCACUGGCGACAGUUGUUUCAUGGCUUGUACACCGAUGGGGGAUCAGAGCUUCUGGGAUUUCAUUGCAUUUGCAAAGAAACGUCUCUGAACGGUUAUCUAUUAGUUGUCUAUAAGUUGCUUUAGGAGUGUCUGCAUAAACUUGAGAGGAGCCGAUACAGUUCAUGUAGUCUUGUUAUCAUACAUUACUUUUGAUUAAAUUUGUUGACAAGGCUUUCAUGUCACACUAUAAAGACUAGUUAUUUUGAGACACUGCCUUGAGGCCAGUUCAUACCACAUCUGAACAUGUAAGCAAAGCGAAUUUGACACCGUGAAAUAUUUGCAGCGAUAUUUCGAUCGAGUUGAAAUGUGAUGAACUGUUGCGAAUUCGUAGCGCGAAUACUCGAUCUGAUAUGACAAAAAGUUGCUUUCGGGUUCGCUUUUGCGUGAAGUAUGAACCAGCCUUUAAAUGAUUAUGUUUGACUCUUAAUAUAAGGUUCCGUUUGUAGCAGCAAAAGUAACUUUGAGUCGAUUUCAUAGGUCUUGUAGGGCUAGUUCUAGGAAAAUACCCAAUAAGCUAUUAAAAUUUAUUCGAGACAAAUACACUGCCGCUGGACGUAAAGACUCACAGAUCUUGCUUCCUGCUGUGUCAUUUCUUGCUAGAGUUUUCAUAAACAUAUAUAAACACAGGCAAUAAACUGCAAAGUCAGCAAGGAA